GAUGAGAUUGCGGACAUGGCUUGAGGAUUGUUUGACCUGUUCUAGUCUCUGGUUAUGUUCAAACUUCAUCUUAGUCUUGAAUUAAUAGAAUAUCACCAAUCAAUAUCCCAAUCACGCAGCAUACACCUUAGCAUCCACAAGACCCUAAUCUGAUUCAUUACCCUUUCCUUAACUGAAAGCUGUCAUUCUAAGAAGUCUGGUCCCACACAGGCCGUAUCCGUAAUAACGAGUGAAUUCAUCCCCUAAACAAGUUCGCGCCGUUGCCCUAGUCAUCGUCCCUUAAGAAUCUCAUCGCUGAGGAUGCGAUGAUUUAUUUGUGGGGGCAGCUAGAGCACGUGCAGUUAGAGCACGUGCAACCAGACCCGCAGCCGCAGGAGCUAGUGGAGGAGCAUCCGCAGUCACCCAUGAUGAUGAAGAUCUCGAAAAACUUGGUGUCGAAUGUUGUCGUUGAUGGCUCUUGGUUUGGAUUUGUGGCGAGUGUUGUGUUGAUGUAAGCUGGAAGAGCUUAGUUGGAAAUGCUUCCCCGCAGGGGCUCUUUAAAGGCUAAGCAAGCAGGCAAGAACGAGG